AACGUAUCCCCCACCAUCAAAACACAUCUCGUCCAUAACGCGCUGCUACUGGCAUAUUGCGCCGAACCUAGACAUUUUCCCCCGGCUAAUAUAAGCUUGCGAUUGCUGUUUAUACAAUGGAGGAGGACGAUACACAGGAUAUCUACUUUACCUAUGAAGGUAGAUUAGCCUCGUUUAAGUCGUCGCACCCCGCCGGGCGACGACCCUCGAAUGCCAAAGGCAAGGCCUCAAAAGCGACUGGUUGGCCACAUAAAGAAUUGGACCCAAAGAACUUUGCUUCAGCCGGAUUCUACUUCGAACCUACGCCUCAAGCCCCAGACAACACCAUAUGCUUUCUCUGCCUUAAGUCCAUCGCAGGAUGGGAAGAGAACGAUAGCCCUGUGGAAGAACAUCUGCGUUUAUCACCUCAUUGUGGCUGGGCUAUUGUAGCAGCCAUCGAUGCAAGCCUUGGAGAUUAUGCAUUGGAUGACCCGUGCGAGCGUGGGAUGGUCGAAGCACGGAAAGCUACUUUUGGUGGACGAUGGCCACACGAAGGAAAGAGGGGUUGGAAAUGCAAGACUAAACAGCUCGUUGAUGCAGGUUGGAAGUACACACCAACGGCGGAGUCUGACGACAUGGCCACUUGUACCUAUUGCUCACUUGCUCUUGAUGGCUGGGAACCAAAAGAUAAUCCAUUCGAUGAACACUAUAGGCGAUCUCCAGGCUGUCACUUCUUCGAGUUGAUGAACCAUUACAAAUCAGGCCCGGGAAAGAAGAAGGGUAAAGGUAAGGGAGCCAGAGCCUCUCAGUCAUCCAGACUCUCUGCCCAAUCAAUCGCCACCACAGCAGCAUCGGAUGCAACAUCUUUUUUGGAACACCAUGGUGAUUACGACGACAGCAUUAUGACAACUACGUCUGUCAUGACCCAAGGUGGCACGAAACGCCCUAGGGCAAAGAAAGGCACCACUGCCAAAGGCAAGAAAGCUAGAGCCAAGAAGGAAGAAGCCGUUGAGGUGCUUGAAGACGAACCUGAAGUGCCAGAAGAACAGCUACCUCCGGCGCUGCCAAAACCCACUCGCGGACGCAAACGAGCCAGCGAUACUAUCGAUGAUUCGGUGCUAACCGCAACGGAGGCCCCAGCGGCCAAGAAGAGAGCUACACGCACUCGCAAAACGGACAAUGUCGAAUCAUCUAUGGUCCAAGAACUGGACCAGGACAUGGAUGAUGUCAAACCUGCACCUAAGUCGAAAACCAAGGCCAAGAAGGGCCGAGCUACUACCACUCGCGGCAAGAGAAAGGGCUCAACAGCAUCAACUGUAUCAAAUACCUCGUUUCACGACGAAGAUGCUGCUGCCAUGGUUGACGACGAGGAGCUUAACCGACAAUUAGAAGCUGAUCUUGAUCGACCCUUAUCAGAUGACGAAAACAUCGCGGCUGAUUCAGAUUCAGACCGUAAGAAAAUCCCAGCGAAAUCAAAGGGCAAGAAAGUAGCUACAAAGAAGGCGGUUGAUGUGGAUGAUGAUCAGCAAAACGAUGAUCGAGCAAUGUUCGAUCCUGCUCCUCCCAAGAUUGACGAGGAUGCCGUCAAUGCCGAGUUGACAGCUUUAGAGAUUGAGAUGGAAGUUGAGCGAGCUGAGAUUCAAGCUGAGACCCAUCCAGCUCCCAAGAAGGGUCGCAAAGCCGGUACCAAAAAAGCUCCGAAACAGACCAAGAAGGUCAAGGAGCCUGAACCUGUUCAACCAGAACCAGAACCGGAGUCAGAAGCUCAGCCAAAUAUCGAGACAGCAGCUUUCGAUGAACUGGCUGAGGGCCAUGACAUGAGUAUUAUCAGUAACGGAACCUUGGUCCGAGCUAGCUUGUCAUCCAACGCCGCCCCUAAGAAGCGCGGUCGACCCAGUAAGAAGGCCACUAUGGUAAACUCCGAUACACACUCGGAUGAGCUCGCCGAUUCCGAUACUAGAGCGCAGCCCACGUCCCAGAUAAAGCGCGCCAGCCUUGGCGAAACCGGGAAGAAAAUGGUUGUAAAGAUGACGGCACGGCCUCCGCCUGCAGCUCCAUCUUCACCAGCAACAGAUAACCCAAUACCUGCGGCUUUAGAUGAGCUAGAUCAAUCCCAGCCUCCUUCAACCCCUCCCAGGGCUGCAAUAUCCCCGGCGCCAGCCGCGAAGCAGGCUGCAAUAUCACCGUCACCAACGCCACAGUCAUCUGACGCUGAGAAUGAACCUCCUUCUUCAAAGCCAUCCACCACUACCACCAGCAGCCGAGUCGCCUUAGCUCCAGUUGCUGUAACUCCCGUGCGAACCUCACCAUCGAAGCGCAAUAUACUGGCAGGUUUACAAAGUAGUGUCCCCUGGGCUGCCGUUGACGUUGACAUGAUUUUUGAGAAUCUCGACAAGGAGAACUCCCUGGCUCCUGCAAAGUCUCUAAGAGGUGGAGCAGACCUCACCAGCCCCGAAAAAGUGAUGACCGUCGAGGAGUGGAUCUACUACAAUGCUGAAGACGCUGAGAAGAAGCUCAAGCAUGAGUGUGAGGCUAUGGUGACGACUUUUGAAAGAGAAGGAACUAAGGCUAUGCAAGCAUUAGAAGGUCUGCUGCUUGAGUAAGCAGGGCUACUUUUUCAUUACGAGUUUCUCUUGGCUUUGAAUACUUUCUUUUCGCCUGGUUAUCAUUUGUUGGAGUAAUCAUAACUCAACAAGGAAAACAAAAUAGGACUGGCUGGGCGCUUAGCGACGAGAUUAUGUCGGCGUUUAAUGGUUUGGCUUCGGAUGGCAAGAUUGUACAUAGUAUGGAACUGGUGGGGUACUGCUCAUCAUUACUGUUUGUCUGUCAGUAGAUGCAUAAUAUGAAGAAAUGCACAUAAUGAGGCUUAGGUACGUGAGCAAAUAAAACUCUUAAUGC